AAACCUCAACGCAGAAUCAGAGCAAACUCAAAAAAAAACCUCCUUUCUCCUUCACCCAUGGGCUUCCCCGUCGGUUACUCCGACCUCCUCUUUCCCAAACUCAUCUUUCAUCUCAUCUUCUUCCUCAACUUCCUCCGCCGCCUCAUCUCCUCCAUCUUCGCCGUCGCCGGCCUCAGCCACCUCCUCGAAUCGGAGGUCCCCUGGCCUGACGCCAACCUUCCGCCGGAGCUCUGCUCAGCUUCCGCAAUCCUCAUUCAAGAAAUUCUCCCCGUCGUCCGCUUUGACGAGCUUCUUAAAGGAGAAGGGGAAGGUCGCAGGAGACCGUUGGCCGAUGGCUGCGCCGUUUGUCUCUACGAGUUUGAAGAAAGGGAGGAGGUCCGGUGGCUGAGCAACUGCCGCCAUGUGUUUCAUCGGGGAUGUCUCGACCGGUGGGUGAACCAUGACCAGCGAACCUGUCCUCUUUGUAGGACUCUGCUCAUCCCAGAGGAGAUGCAGGAAGCGUUCGAGCGUCGCUUGUGGGCUUCCUCCGGCGUCGAUGGCUCCUUCGCCGGCGGCGAGUUUGACGACUCUACCUCCUCUGUUUCGCCUUCUUAAGAGGAACGCAUAUGCAACUGUAAAUAUGAAGAACCGAAAUUAAAGGAGUGAACUUUUUGAAAGAAAAUAAAUAAAAAUCAGAUUUUUAAUGGAUGAGUUUUUGAAAUGAUUUUGUAUUGUCUCGUCAUGGACAGACAUUAAAAUAAAAGCUGACGUUUUCUUCUGCUACGACUUCUCUGUGAUCGAAUCAAAAGAGCUUUUUUCUUCCUCUAAUGCUUCAUAAUCAUUAAAUCUGCUACUGUAAGUAAGAUCACGCGCCAUCAAAGUAUUGAAUUGUUUUAAUUUUAA